UGAUGAAAACACGGCCGCAUUUAAAAAUAUCAGCAUGAAUAAAAUGACCAAACCUGGCGACAGUGACGGCAGCACCGCGGUCUCCCACACCACCUCCCCUCUUUUGCUUUUUCUUGUUGCGUGUGCGGCUGCUGCUGCGGUGGUGGCCGCAUGA